AGGGAUUCAAUUCUACACUUGGUGUUCUGGUAUCAGAGCAACCUUAGUCGCCGCCUCCAAACAUGGCCGAACCACAAAAUUCGGAUCCCAUGGUGGAUCCGUACUAUCUCCAUGGAUCAGAUCAACUAGGGUUGCUGCUGGUCUGUGAGAAGCUGACCACCACCAACUACAACGACUGGAGCAAGACCAUGAACAAACUUAGCCUCAAUGCUUUUGCCGCCAAGAACAAACUUGGCUUCGUCAAUGACACCAUUGUUGCCCCUGCUGCUACAAACACUCAGUUCUCCUCCUAGACAAGAAACAACAUUAUGGUUUUCAGUUGGAUUCAACAAGUUGUCGAACCUGGAAUGAAAAAGACAAUCAUGU